GUUACUGCAAAAAAAGUACUAAAUGGGAACAAGGGCUGACAACAUCAGGAUCCCAUCACUCCUGUGCCUCUGUGGGGAGCUGAAUCCCAUUUCAGCCAUAGGGUUUCCAACUAGGGAUGAAAUGCCUGAACUGUCUCAGCUGGAUCACUGCUAGGGGAAGUCCAGCCCUCCCUGUCCUUGCCUAUGUGUCCCAUUUGCUACAGCAAACACUCUCUGGUAGGACUAACCAUAUGUCUGGAAUUAUUCAAGGUUCACUGGAAUUUUGGUGGUUAAUUCAGCAGAUUUCAAAGAACAAUCAUGAUGCUGUUGUCUUUCAGAAGCUGUUGGCCAUGGAGACCCAGGGACAUCUCAGAGGAGAUCAGUGGGGAAGAUAGAAAUGACAUCAUCUGCUGCUGGGCUGUUCUGGGCUCCUGGGACACAGGGAGCUCCUACAAGUGGGCAGGGCUGCAGGGAGACAGCUCUGACUAGGAGCAGCUCCCGUGUGCUGUGCAUCAGUGCCAGGGGCACGUUCUGCAGGUGGCAUAGAGAUAGAAGAGAAAGGAGAGAGGGAUUACAGGAUGUGAGGGAUGUGAGCAGGCUGCGACUUCACUGCAGGAGCAUUGCUUUCAGCCACGGACACGGUAAGUCUCUCACUGUAGGUAAUGCAAACACUUUUCCAACAGGGGUCACCAAAUCUGGCACAUCUGGUUGCAGAUCAGGCCGCAUACACUCUGUGCUUCUUUAUCCUGGAAUAAGAGCUGUUCCUGCUGAGGGCUUCCCUGCUGCAGCGUCAGAGCACAGCCCUGACGGCACAUCAAGAGAGAACCCUGAAGUGCAUUUUACCUCUCUACUUUCCUUUAACAUAUUUAUAUUCUUUCAACAAACCCUGGAAGUUCUCGAAUUCGAAAUAGGAAUGCAGAGCAUUUGGGCUGGUGUCUGUAUGCUCAGUCAGGGAAAUGAGAGGAAAACAGCCCCCAGGAUGAAAAUCUGCAGACCACAGAGAUAUGAUCAGGGGAUUACCCCCUUCAGUAGAUAAAAGACCUUCCUCUGAGCAAGAUCCCACCUAGAAACACCUCUGCUCACAUGACCAUGGGAUUUGCUGCAUGAUCCACCUCCUGUGCAGGCAGAGCUCCAGCAGAGCAGAGCAGCAGCUCCCCAGGCACGUGUCCAGCACCCUCUGCAGUGCACAGGGGCUGAGAGCGACUGCCUGGGGCUGUGGGCAACGCAGUCUGUGAGGCUGGAAAGGAGCUGGCUUUCCCUUCAUGAGAUGCCAUCAUGAGGACACAUCUCCCUGAGGAGAUGUGAGAAGAGGAAAUCUCUUCAGAGCUGUGAGCUGACCUUCAGGAUGAAAAUUUUUCCCGUGGUCAGGAGAACAAAGUACAGGGAAGAAGCAGAGACAUGCAAUAUGCAAAUGCUAUAGGGUUGGUGAAAUCAGUGUUAGGUGUCAUUUGCAAGAUGUGUGGUGAUGAGUCAGUGCUGGAGUACAUUGAGAAAGGGUGAAUGCACAGUGAUGGGCUGUGCACUCCUGUUUUCUGAGCUGGGUCUGACUUCAGAAUUCUAUAGGAAUGCAAUCGUCUUACAUCUGCAAAGUAUGCAAGCUCAGAGCAAUUGGAAAGAAACCUAGUAAGCAACCCUGUGCUAAGCAGCAGUGAAUCCCUUUUCCUCUCACAUCUUACAGCUGUUCAGACUUCAGCAAGCACUCCUUAGGCAUGGUGAGCAGGAUGAGAAUUUUUGGGAAAAAGCGAUCCCUAGAACUUCUAGUUUUGACCCACAUAUUUUUGGCAUUACAGUUCAGAUGCCAACCAGCACUGCUGCAUUAGAAGUGACUUUAUCUGAUACAUUCUGAAAAGAAAGCCUGACCGCACACCAUCACCAUGUUCCCAUGUUCCCACCGGAACAAGUGUGCUUCACGGAGAUAAAAAGUGCACAGUCCCUCAUGGCAAACUCAACCUCAUGAAAUGUAAAUCACUUCAUGGAGCUGAAUGAACACUCCCCACACAGAAAGACUUGUCCUUGAUUUUUUUCCUCCUUGAACAGGUCCUGGUGCCUGGAAGAACAAAAUGCCCAACAGCAGCUCCAUCAGCCAGUUCCUCCUCCUGGCGUUGGCAGACACGCGGCAGCUGCAGCUCCUGCACUUCUGGCUCUUGCUGGGCAUCUACCUGGCUGCCCUCCUGGGCAACGGCCUCAUCAGCACAGCCGUAGCCUGCCACCACCGCCUGCACACCCCCAUGUACUUCUUCCUGCUCAACCUCGCCCUCCUCGACCUGGGCUGCAUCUCCACCACUCUCCCCAAAGCCAUGGCCAAUGCCCUCUGGGACACCAGGCACAUCUCCUACUCAGCAUGUGCUGCACAGGUUUUCUUUUUACUUUUCUUCUUUUGUGUAGAGUAUUCCAUCCUCAUCAUCAUGUGCUAUGACCGCUACGUUGCCAUCUGCAAGCCCCUGCACUACGGGACCUUGAUGGACAGCAGAGCUUGUGCCACCAUGGCAGCAGCUGCCUGGGGCACUGGGCUUCUCUAUUCCCUGCUGCACACUGUCAGUACAUUUUCACUGCCUCUCUGCCAUGGCAAUGCUGUGGAUCAGUUCUUCUGUGAAAUCCCCCAGAUCCUCAAGCUCACUUGCUCAGAAUUCUACCUUAGGGAAUUUGGACUUAUCAUGGCUGGUGUUCUUGUCUUAUUUGGGUGCUUUGUAUUCAUUGUGCUGUCCUAUGUGCAGAUCUUCAGGGCCGUGCUGAGGAUGCCCUCUGAGCAGGGACAGCACAAAGCCUUCUCCACGUGCCUCCCUCACUUGGCUGUGGUCUCCCUCUUUGUCACCACUCUGAUGUUUGCCUAUCUGAAGCCCCCCUCCAUCUCUUCCCCAUCCCUGGACCUGGUGGUGUCAUUUCUGUACUCGGUGGUGCCUCCAACACUGAACCCCCUCAUCUACAGCAUGAGGAAUCAGGAGCUCAAGGGUGCCCUCAGGAAAGUACUCUAUUAUGCAUUGUUUGCCCAUCAAAACGAUGUUCAUCAUACCCUCAAGACUGCAAAAAAGUUAGGAAAAGUGUGAUUUAUUUUAUGUGAUGUUUCCAUUUUUUCUUCCUAUUU